CUCCCAACUGGAUCAUCCCUUCGCAUACUCGAACUGCUGCCCGGUAGAAAGGAUGAUGAGCUUGCAUUCCGCUUAGUCGUCGCUGACUGGAACAAUCGGCCAAUCUAUGAAGCAAUAUCCUACGCAUGGGGAAGCCCCGCAGAAAGAGUCUGGACGCCUCAUAACGGGAGAUAUAUACUGGUGCCACAGAAUCUCCUCGAUGGUCUUUGUCAGAUGUGCUUCCCCGAUCAGUCAAGACUUAUAUGGGCCGACUCCAUUUGCAUUGAUCAAAACAGUGAAAAGGAGAAGGCUGUCCAGAUUUCCAACAUGAGACGCAUAUACACACGCGCAACUCGUGUUCUUGUCUGGCUCGGGCGGGAUAAAGAUGGCCUGGCAGGAAGAGCCAUUCGGGCAAUUGACAACAUUGUCAAAUUCUGCUGCGAAUGGUCCGGGCAAUCGAUUGAAGCUUUUCCGAGAGAAGACCCGUAUGCUUCAAUGCCUUCCCACAUCGACAUGUCUUCCUCCGACGCUUUGAGAUUCAGCGGUUGUAGUAGCGACGUCACACAGGAAUAUCUAAGCAAUUUCUUCAGGUUACCCUGGUGUUCGCGGCUUUGGGUGAUCCAGGAGGUUAGCGCUGGCAACAGCGUGCUGAUUCUAUUCGGCGCCUUUCAGAUUCCCUGGGAUCAUGUAGGUCUGGCAGUAGCUUUCAUAGAACGCUGGCUGCCUCAGACCAUCGAUGUGUAACAUGUCACAUAUCUAUUUGACCCU